GGCAUGAAUCCGGACAAGCUCAAAAUGGUGGUCUCGGAGCCUCAAGUGCACAAGCAGCUCGGCAACGCUAUGAGUGUCUGUGUCGUCGAACGACUGUUGGUGCGCCUUCUGCCAGCGGUGGGGCUGACAGGCAGAGGCUUCGCAGGCAAGGGCGCCGAACGUUUCGAAGCAACGACCAUCCUGGGCGCCAAUCUCCGAGAAGCUGUUGAGGAUGCGUACCAGAAGGACCGAGGCGAAAAGCCGAAGCUUGGCUUUCGACUCCAAGGUCCGAUGCAGGUCACCUCGUCUGGCUGCAUCAUGGUGAAAGACUUUGUUGUAAAAUGCGGCGCGCUGGAGGGCGACUCCAUGCAGUGUACUAUGCGCGAUCCAGAUGGCCCUGGAGAUCGGCAGGCGAGACGAAACAAAGCGAAUGAGAAGACUCCGAAGGUGGCCGUGGAGACACCCAGCAAGAAGAGGAAAAUAGCCGCCCAGUUGCCUGUGCCCACACCAGUGCAACUGCUUGGCAAGCCUGUGAUGAACCGCCGCGGGAUCUGGGAUUGCCUCGAGAAGUUGACUUGGAAGCGAGGGAACGUCAAGUCCAAGACCUUUGGCAGGACAAGCAUUACACUGGGCGUCACACGCGGUGCCCCAGGAGCCGAUGGCUUCGACGAGGAAGGCUACAAUGACCAAGACGUGCCCGGAUGUUUGUCAAAGGACGAUCAAAAGCAAUGUGCCAAACUUUGGAAAUUGCUUCAGGACGAAGGCCGGGCGCUCGGCUUCCAAUUCACCAGCGCGCAGCUCAACAUAAAUUUCGAGGCCAAUCGCGAAAAGCCCGUGCGCGGCUUUCGUUUCCAAGGUCCGAAGCAGGUGACCUCGGCUGGCUGCAUCACCGUGAAAGAAUUUGUUGCAAAAUGCGGUGCACUUGGUCGCGACUCCAUGCAGUGUACUAUGCGCGAUCCGGAUGGGCCUGGAGCAAGGCAGGAGAGGCGAAACAAAGCGAAGGAGAGGGCUUCGGAGGCGCCCGUGGAGACACCGAGCAAGAAGAGGAGAAUAGCGACAGCCGCCCAGUUGCCUGUGCAGGGAGAGGCGGCGGAGUCACCUGGAGGGCUUACGCAGCGCCCCUUCCGCGUGGGCCAUGAUUGCGCAGGCGUGAAUGCGACUUGCCAAGCGUUGCGGAACCUGCGCGUGGACUUCACAGAGGCCUUCGCGAGCGACAUUGACAAGUUUGCUUGCCGGACCAUCGAUGCCAAUUCCCGGCCUCUCAAAUUCUACAGGGGCAAAGUUGAUGGAGACAUCACCAAGCGAGACAAUUCGCAGGCGCCCGCCUGCGACCUCUACAUGGCCGGGUUUCCUUGCCAGCCGCACAGCUCGGAGGGCAAGAAGAGAGGCUUCCACGACCCACGUGGCCAGGUGUUCUACGGUGUUCUGGAUUAUUUGAGAACCCACAAGCCUCGUGUGGCGGUCCUCGAGAACGUGCGAAGUCUGCUUCACAAUCGCGGCGGCGAAGACAUUUGCGAGGUUCUACACCAGUUGCUGCGAUUGGAUUGCUAUAACAUCCAAUGGAGGGUCCUGAAUACCGCCCACCACGGCGUGCCGCAAAGCCGAAACAGGCUCUACAUCGUCUGCAUCCGCAAGGACUUUUACAUCCCUGGUAGGUUCCCGUGGCCGAAGCCCAUUGCCUGCCCGUCGGUGGAGCGCUUCUUGGAUCCAUGCGAGGCCAAGCCGAACCUGCUCAACGUGCAGCCGCCUCCCCAGACCUUCGCUUCCAAGACGUGGGCUGCGACGAUGGCGAAGCUCUUGCGCGACAAGCAUGAGCCGUUGCAGCAACCAUGGCUCUUCCCUGUCAACACCAGCGAGGGGCGUUGCUCUGUGAAGAUGGACAAGUGCCCCUGUUUGCUCACCGGCAGCAAGAUCUGGAUCUCCAACAGAGGUCGGCUCCUCAAUGCACGCGAGCGCUGUCGAUUGCAAGGCGUGAACCCAGAAGUUUUCAAGCAGGUGGUGUCGGAUACCCAAUGGCGUAAGCAACUCGGCAAUUCGUUCAGCGUCAAUGUCAUCGAGCGCUUGCUCGCCCUUCUCUUGCCCGCCGUGGGGCUGACGGGCCCGCUCCCGGACCGCUGGGCAAGCGGCGCCGCAGCGGCGGGGCUCCAGAGGCAUGUCAUGGGGAACUGGGUGGACGUGGGCAUGGCCAUCCCUGACGGGCCGCGGCCACCCAUUAGUGGCAUCCAGGCCGCCUUCCCUUUCACGCGCGAAGGUCACAGGAAGCUCCUGGCCAAGGCCAACGCCUUCAGGCGCGCGAGCAAACAUGCUUGGUCGAUGUUCUUCGAGCAGAUGGAGACCGCCCAAGAAUUGCGCGAAAAUCUCGAGGCUAUCCGGGAAUCCCUGGACACCACAGCCGCAAACCUUCCUCCGCAAAUCGCCGAGACGCUCGACGAAACCCUCAAGAAAUUCCAACAGUUCGCACAGCAGCUCGGCCGCUCUUGCGAGUGUCCGGUCUGCUACAAGGCAGUGAAGGCAUCGGAGACCAACCCGGAGCACGAGAGUUUCAUGAAGCUUCUCUAUUGUGGGCAUCUUCUCUGUGGCGAUUGCGCUGCAACGAUGAAGGGAAGCGAAGACAAGCGUUGCCCCGUAUGCCGCACCGACAUCGGCUCGCAAAUCGCCAACGCGGUGCCCGCUGUGGUUGGCGCGGAGAGCAAGCCGAGGCCGAAGCGAGACGCCGACGACCUCCAGACGCCCAAGGACGAGCAGCCUCUGCCAGAAGGCGCCUACAUCACCCGCUACAAGGGCGACUGCUACGUGUGCGACGCCUCAUGGACGGCGGGCGCCACCGUGGCCAAGCACCGCCGCUUGCAAACCAAGCAGGUCUGUACUGGAUGUGCCGACGCUGCUGUACCCUGCACAAUCUGCGGCCGCGAUGCCUCGGAAACCGAUGCCCUGAGGAAUGGCAAGAAGGAGCUGAAGCGCUUCUUCUGCCUCCACUGUGUGCGCGAGAAGCAGGAGCAAGGUGAGGCGAGGGCCAUCAUCGGAGCCACCCAGUUCCUCAACAAGCACAAGCACAUCUCAAGCAGCUGCACGCCUUUGUGCUACGCGGUGAUGGCGGCGACGCCCGAAGACCUGAAGCUCAUCCAGGCCGGCUACCAUGCCAAUUGGUUGCCGGAGAAGCUGCGCCAUGACCUCUGGCAGUACACACUCACUCGCCAGCCAUACUUCGUUAAGUUCCGCGGGCACGAUCUCAAAACCCGCCCGAAGAUCAAUUUCGCGGACCCCAACGAGAAUGGCGAGUACCCCCUUUACCGUUGGGGUCAAGAGCGGCAGUCCUACGGGCUCGUGGAGAAGAUUCCGCCGCCAGUUCGCGCCGUCAUGGAUUUCAUCGAGGCGCAGUUCGGGCCCAAGACUAAUCUGGCCAUGACCGCCAGCCGCAUCUUCAACGUCGCCCUCGGGGCUGUGCGGCCGUUCCUCGUCACAUCUCUGGCCAGCCUUGGCAAAGCGCAGCGCGAGGACAUGGACAUCCUUGCGGAGUUCCCCAUGCAGCCGGGAGACCUUUACGUCCUGGAGGGCGAGGUCACCCGGCGAUUCGGACAUGGCGUCCCCCGCGACCCGCGCAUCGAAGACCUGCGCGUGUCCUGGGUGUUCCGCACGGUGAACGCCUCCUUUGUCAACCCCACGGAGCAAACGUUCAGGGAGGCCGCCGGCAAGGUGCAUCGCAUCCAGCCCGACGCUGAGAAGAUGGAGUUUCUGGCCAAGAUGGAAGAUCGCAUGUUCAGCCAGCUCGUCAGCCUCGCGCUACCAAGUGUAGCGGUGGGCCGAGGCACGUUCACAAAGCUCAAGGCGCUCGCUCCACAGAUAGUCGCCUUGGACGUUUCGCGCACUAACGGCAUGCACAAUCACCUCGAUGUCUUGCUCGACCAGUUCGCUUUGCUGCAACAUUUGCUUCUGGGAAUCUUCGACUUUGGUGUCACGCGUUUCCAGCAGGUGCUGGCGCGCUGCAGCGCACUGCGCGCUCUUGAGGUGCAGAGCACGAGGCUGGUAUCGGAUCUGUGCGCGGAGAUGGAAUGCGGCUGCCCAGACGACUGCGGCAAGACUUAUAUGGUCACGCAUCGGCCUUGCAGCUACGGGUGCUUCGAUUGCGCCGAAAGCAAGUUGGUGCUGGACCUAUUGUCCAUUCACGGGCACCGCCUGGACAGCGAAAGCGAGGCCAUUGAUUCGGAGGCCGCUGAGGUGGAGCCCGCUGGCGAUUCCCCGCGCCAGUGGGGAGAUUCUGACGGAGCCCGGAACGCAGAUGCCAGGGAUGCCUCCUUUGAGCAGUAUGAAUUCGGAGGGAUGGGACCAGAGACGCAAGGCGUGUGGACGAAGAUAGACGGACGGCACUGGGUGGAGCCGUGCAGCGGAGACCGCUACUCCAUCGUGCUCUUCUGCUGCGAGGGCGCGCCGCAGCCCAUCUUUUGCCAUUCUGCGAACGUCGGAAAGAGCUUCAUUCUGAAUUCUGCCCUCGUCGAAGAGACGCUCGACAGCUCGACUAUCUGGUGGCUGAUCUUCACGCGCAUCGCGCCAACCAAGGAGAACAAGGUCAAAGAAUGGCUGAGGAAACAUCUGCCUCCAGACACUCUGGACGUCGAGGGCCUUCAGACGCUGAAUCCAUGGCUGCAGCGCCGCCUUGGUUGGGGCGAUGUCCGCGCCGCGCCGGAACUUCUGGUGGUGCUACGGCAGGAGGCACGGCUGCCUGCGCUCAGCCUUCAAGACGAGCUAGUAGCAGAUAGACAUCAGCUGGCUCGCAAAGAGCUGCGGAUCCGCCAACCGCAGAUUCCUGUGUUCACAGCGAAUCCGGUCUUUUGUACCCACUGGGGGCGUACUGCACAACUUGCAAAGCGGUACGGGAGCGAGGACAUGUUUCGCAUUCUGGAGGGCACUGCUGCCAUCAUGGCCAUGCCCGACAAGGACAGCGACAGCGAUGAGGACGAACAGCGCCAACACAAGGUGCACACUGUGCACGUGUGGGGUUCUGAACCGUUCCGCGUCGUGAACAUGAAGGCCGCAUACCCAGAAAUCUUGCAGUGCAUCUUGCAAGAACUCGGGGAAGACGUUACUUUUGCGCGCUUCCUCGUCAAGCUUCUCUACGUGGUCCGCCAGAGAGCGCCGCCAUGCCCUUCUCUGGGCUCUAAGCUCCUGGACCAGGCAAAGGGGAUAUGGGCACUGCAUGUGGGUAGCAAGCCAGUCGAGGCGUUGCGGGCUCACGAACUCGACUUGUUAGACAGCUUCCUUGCGCGCCCGCGGAUCAUUCGCUGCCGCGUCUGCUUUAAGCCGUGUGACGACGCAAAGUACCGCAUGCACAGUUCCUGCAAGCAGCACAUGAUCGAGUGCGACAAGUGCCACUUCAAAUGCAACUGCCCGUCCAGGCUGAUGAAAGUUCCGGAGCGCUCAAAGGUAGACACAGGCGAAGACGCAGCCGAGAUCGAGCGGAUGUACAGGAAGCGGAAGGCAGAUAUCGAGAGCUUGAACUUGGCUACAACGAUGUGGUGCCGAUUCAAAUGCCAGAAAUGUGUCGCGACGCCGGUCACGGUGUCCCGCGGCGGCCGCAUCAUCUACCACGGUAGCGAACCAGAGGCGAUGGAAGCCGUUCUCCGACCAGGCGAUCUCGUCAGCCGGCCCAGCGGGUUGGACCGCCGCGGCCUGCAGCAGCCAGUAGCCAACGGCAUAGUAAUGGAGUGGCUGGUCGCCAUGUUCCCCGGCAAGGUGAACUUUGCGGCCUUCAUGGAGACCCACAGCCACAUCUUCCGCGGACCACGUGAGUCAGCAGCCCGUGUGGACGACCGCACCCUCAUCACGCCGCAGUGGCGAGCAGAGCACCCCGUGGAAUGGCAGCGCCUCUGGGACCAACAAGCCAGAAACGAGUGCCCGGUGUGCCACAAGAAGCUCGAUAUCUGGGACGGCCCCAUGAACAGCGACGUGCCCACUCGUUGUAAUCACUGGGCCUGCGUUGCCUGCUGGGCGGAGAUUUCACAGCGGGACCGCCGCGACGACCUCACAUCAGGCGCUUUUCCACGGCUCUUUGCAGUCAUUUGUAUUCAAGGGAUUCUUGUUUUAAUUUUACCUGCACCCCUCAACUUCUCCAUGGCGGACGCAAGCUCUGAUGCCUGCUCCAUCGCACCGCCGUCCCUGGAGAAUCUGCAGCGCCGUGUCCGCAAAACGAAGGAGAGCCCUCCACGCGCGGCGGUCUACGAUGUGAUUGCAGCAGUGAAGAAUUGCGACCAGAACUACGCAGGUCAGAUGUACAAGCGUCUCCUUGACGCCGGCAAAGUUCCAGAGUGCGCCGAGGUGGACCUGGUCUUGGUUCAGCCGCUUGGUUCCUGCAAGUGCAUGAACCAAGAAGGUAGCAAAUGGGGCGGCAACCGUAAGCCCGUCCGAGUGGCCAGCGCAAGUGAGAUGGUUCAAGUCCCCACGCAGCUGCCAGGCAAUUGCGACUUCAACAAGGAAGCGUCGGGAGCGCCGCUGUGGCUCAAGGAGGCGCUUACCGAUGCCGUGGCGACAGGCAUCGAGCAAGGCGUUAAAGCCGCGCAGGCCGCCUACGCAGGACAGUUGCAAGCCCUGGGGCGAGAGCUGCAGAAGGUCUCAGAAUAUGGACCCCGCAUCGAGAUGAGCCGCGCCUUCCCAAGUCGUCCGGAUGAGCUGCUGGACUUGGGCGUAAAGCUCCACGCUGAGGCAGAUCUGCAGCGCUUGGGCGAAUACGGCCUGCCCGUCACCACCUUUCUCCAGGAGAAGUUCCCGGAGAAGAAUAUCUCGCGGACCAGCGCAUGCUUCGCCAAGACACUCAAGCAGCGACGCCUCGAACUGUACAGGGAAGGGCUUCGCAGUUUCUGUGCGAGGUUCGUCCAGAGCGGCGCGGAAAUCUCAACUACGGCAGCCGUGGCAGACUUCAGGAGAUGGGACAAGACAGUUAGGACCGGAGAGUUGGGGCUGGAGAAUUGGGACCGGAGAGUUGGGACCAUAGAGUUGGGAGAGUCGGGACCAGGUGGGGCCACAGAGUUCGGACCUGAGAGUUGGGGCCAGAGAGUUGGGACCAGGCCGCAUAACGAUGUAAACCGAGCCAUUCUGGCAGAAGUCCGCGCCGAAGUCCAGCAGGGCAAGCGGAGAAUCCAGCAAGAGGCUGAACAAGGCAGCGCGCAAAUCAAAUCUGUUACAGACGCUGGAGUUACGCUGAUCAAGGACGUUACGCAGCAGGAGAAGAUCGAGGGCAAGAAACAGAUCAGGGCGAAUGCCGCGAAGGGCAAGAAGUCCGUCCAGCAAGCCGGGAGUGUGGCUGUGCAGCUUAUCAAAGACAUCGCGGUAGCGGAGAUGAUCGAGCAGCGCUCCCCUGUUGCAAGCGCAGAAGACGCAAACGCUUCUGUCAUUGCGAAGAACAGCAUCGAGGAGGAAUUGGCGCUGCUGCCCAUGGAAGCAGAGGCGCAGGCCGCACAAGCAACGAUGCCUGUUCCUGUGCUCCCACUUGUUCGCCAGAGCCGCGCUCCACCGGAGGAGGGGGCAGCUUUCCAGGCGCCCAUGGAGCCAGACCACGCCAAGCUUCGCAAAGAGGCCAUCCACGCAGAACGGGAGCGCCUGGCGCCGGAGCGCGCACGAGAAAUCACGAAAGCGUACAAGCGUCUGGCAACGAAGCACGAUUGGCCCCAACUCCCUGGAGAUGGAUUGCCAGACGGCCUGAAGGCGCACGUGAAGUGGCUCUUCCUUGCGAACGCUGACUUCCAGCAUGCGCUCCAGGCCAAGAAAAGAGCGGCUGCCACCAGGGCGGUCACGGAUGAUUUGGCCAGGCAGCGGGGGAAGUGCCCGCGUUGCCAGAGAGAGAAGUCUCUCGCCAGCAGUUACUUCUGCGGGCAGAAGGCCGCAUGCGCCUGGGACCCCGCGUGCGCCAAACACCUUGCGCUAUCAGUCGCGCAGGAGGUCAAGAUCGAAGAGGAGCUGUCCUCAGAGUGGGCUGAGGAAGCCAUCUACGCCUGGCAGAGAAAUAUGGAUUUGGCGGCAAAUGCGCGUCGCGACAGCCAAGCACGCCAGCAGGCAGAAGAGGCCGAUAGCAAAAGGCGCCGCGAGGUGGAGAGGCAAGCGCGAGAGCAGCUCCGGCCGGAAACCCGUCGAUGUGAGGAUUGCUGGGAGUAUGACGAAGUCACGGGCGCACGUGACGAUAGGAUCAUAUUCGACGCCAUUGCUGAUAUGCUGAUCGCACCCUUGCUGGGCGAGCGCGUGCGCCAGACGGUCAUGCGAAGCUCGCUGAAGGACAUCGCUGCUUCGAUGAGAGGCGGCCUGGGCGUGGGCUUCACGUUUGGCUGCUCUGGUUCUCAACUUCUCUUGGAGUUGGAGCCGCGCUCUUUGCUCCAUCUGCUCAGCACCCGAGGCGCCUUGAUAUGCGUGGCGUCGAAAAAGUGCCCGGCGAGGUUGGGGCUCAGCGAGAGCUGGAGGCGGCGCAUGGCCGCCAACGUCGCGGCCUUGGCCCACGGCUGCAGCCGCCUCGAGAACGAGUUCCUACACGACGUAUUGCCGCCGCCCUUGUCGCAGCUUGUCCGUACUGAGCAGAACCUCACAAACUCGGAGAAGGAGGCCAUGGCUUUAAUCGUCUGCGCCGAUCUCGUUCAGAAGCCGCCGGAACUCGAAUCUGGCCGUGUGCUGCCUGAGGGCGGGUGGCGGAAGCAGCCGGCGGCAGCCGGCAGCCGAGAGCAGCCGCGCCCGCUCACCGCAGCCCUAAUCAGCCCUGGCCGCAUGCUGCCCGAGGGCGGGUGGUGGGAGCAGCCGGGAGCAGCCCGCUCCUGGCACCCCUUGUCCGCCCGGGCCGUGUGCUGCCUGAGGGCGGGUGGCGGGAGCAGCCAGAAGCAGGUCGGGGUCGCAAAAGUACAGUGUUUUACACGGGUCGGUAAGGCCGGGGUCGCAAAAGUACCGUAUUUUACACGGGUCGGUAAGGCCGGGGUCGCAAAAGUACCGUAUUUUACACGGGUCGGUAAGGUGGGUUCGCACUCAAACAUCCAGGUGUCCCUGGAAAUGCAAUAUGCGCUUGCAGCUCUGAAGAAACUUCGUGCAGCAGAUCCUGACAUGUUCAGCAACGCCCUCGGAACUGAUUCUACGGACUUCGGGCCUGAAGCGGUGGACGAAAUUAUGAAGGACCUCACAUCUGGCGACCCAGUUGUCAUCAUCGCUGGUUAUAAGAAUGACAUGGAGCGUUUUCUUGACGCCAACCCUGGUCUGCGGUGCCCGAAUGGGUUGCAGCAGUGGCGUUGCCUGGCUGCCACCAUGGCUGGCUCACGAACAACGAACACGCCGUCCGUGUCCAACCUCAUCACGGUGCUGCCAAGCUUGAACGGGCUUUGGGUCGGAGGCUCCAGCCAGAGGGUUGGGAUUGCAAUGAUUGGGGUGGCGAUGAAUGGGCCGCUGCGCCGCAGGUGGUUCAAGACCGCAAGACCAUCCGACUCCGUGCUGCAGGCUUACAUGAGCGUCCACAUGUCAACUGGAGCUGCCGCGGACUGCUCAGAGCCGGGCAAGCUCGCGCAACCUACCCAGUUGGACUGCGAGCUAGGGGCGUACCUAAUAUUUGGCGCUCCGAACUACCGCAGACUGCCGGGAGCUGCCGCGGAUUGCCCGGAGCCGCGCAAGCGCGCACAACCUACCCAGUUGGACUGCAAGCUAGGGGCCGAGGCACGGGCAAAGCAGCGCAUCAAAACCGCGAGGAAGGAGGGCGUGCGGGAGAUCGUGGCUGCCACGGAAAUUGCUUUCCGCUGCUUCUGCGCAUUCCGUCCUGGGUGCUGCGUCUGCACGUUCCAACCCGUACGCCUGCCCUGUGCCCGCAGAGGGUAUGGCAAGAGGUGGCGCAUCAAAGAUUUCCCGUCUUGCCUGGCCCAUGAAGUGGAGAUCACCGAGCAAGACAAGGUCCACAUCCAGGCCGAGCUGCGGCGUUUGUGGGCGGGAGAGACGCGCCGUGUCGUGUCCGGGUCUGCACUCUUCUGGAUCAUGGCUUCGAGCUUGGCCACGCUAGGCGUUCUCACGGGAGACACCUCGCUCUGUUUGCCGUUAGCACCGAAUCACGGAGAGCCGCGCGCCGAUUUUAGCGCAGCUGCGCCAGUGCGCCCUCGCCCGAAAAAAUAUGCUUGUAAAGGCAUGGCUGUCACAAGCGAAUACUUCCGGGCUAAUCUGGGCUUGCUGGACAGCGACGCCGCCGGGAUGCUGGACCCGUGGUGCCAGCGGACUUACGAGCAACACUUCAUCGGCAGAGGACACGCCACGCCAGCCACAGCGUACGGCCGGAACGUAGGUGGGUGGCGGAGCAGCCCCAGAGUUUGCCACAGCCUAACUGGCCCUUUCCCGGCCGUGUCCCGGAAGCACGCCAGGCCACCCACAGCUUACGGCCGGAACGUAGGCAGAGGCUUUGCAGGCAAGGGCGCGACAGUGAUCGAAGUACAGGCCAGUUUCGGCGCGAUUCUCCAUGAUGUCGUCAAGAGAGAAUACGAAAAGAAUCAAGGGAACGAGCCCGACCGCGGGUUCUUCCUCAAAAAGGAGCACGUGACCUCGGCUCGCAUCCUCGCGGAGAGGUCCUCGCAAAUCGUGAAAGACUUCGUUGUGAAAUGCGGCGCGCUCAACAGCGAAUCCCUGGAGUGCACCGUGACUUAUGAUGAUCGUCCGGGAGAUAGGCAAGCCAGGCGAAACAGAAAGAAGGACAAAGCUCGGAUGGCGCCAUCGGAAGAAACGAAAGCGAAGGAGUUGGCCCGAUUCGAGUUUGAGGGAGCGACUGUGGAGACACGGGCGAGCAAGAGGAGGAAAAUGUCCACAGCCGCCCAGACCAGUGGCAGUGUUGGGUUGCCUGUGCCCACGCCAGUGCAACUGCUUGGCAAGCCUGUGAAGAACCGCCGCGAGAUAUGGGAUUGCCUUCAGAAGUUGAGUUGGAAGAAAGGGAACGUCAAGACCACGACAUUUGGUUCAGGAAGCAUUGCGCUGGGCGUCACACGCGGUGCCCCAGGCGCCGAUGGCUUCAACAAGGAAGGCUACAAUGACCAAGUUGUGCCUGGAUGCUUGUCACAAGAAGAUCAAGAGCAGUGUGCCAAACUGUGGGAAUUGCUUCAGGACGAAGGUCGGGCGCUCGGCUUCGAAUUCAGCAGCGCGCAACUCAACGAGAAUUUUCAGCCGAUGCACCCCCGCCGCCACCGCCGCACGGACAAGGACCACCAAUGGUGUCUGUCCCUGGGAGGCUUCACGGGAGGCGAGUUCUGCUGGCAGGAGAGGGGCCAAUGCUUCAGCGUGUCCACGAAAGAUCAAUGGCAGAAGGUAGACGGCCGGCACGUGCACUGGGUGAAGCCGCAUCAACCGGAGAGUUCCGUCAGGUACUCCAUCGUGCUCUUUCGCAAUAUAGGUGGCGCCGCAGAGCUCUUCUACCAUUCUGAUGCUGUGGCGCCCGAGCCUCCCCGGCGUCCUCUCCGCGUGGGACAUGAUUGCGCAGGCACGAAUGCGCCUUGCCAAGCGUUGUGGAACUUGCGCGUGGACUUCACAGAGGCCUUCGCGAGCGACCUUGACGAGUUCGCCUGCCAGACCAUCGAAGCCAAUUUCCACCCU